AUGUCUAAGCGGAGUAAAGCAGACGACUCCCUUCCACCUGAAACCCCAGCUGAAGGGACCCCAGAGGAGGAGACCAGGCGUACCCGCAGCGGCCGAAGAGUGAGACCCCCUGUCGCCUUCCAGGAGUCUGCGUCCGUAGUUAAAACACCCAGCCGCAGGACGAGGCGGUCAGUGCUCCAGGAACUAUCGACCGUGGAAGACAACGCGAUACAAGAGGAGAGUGUCUGUGACGGUGUUGCAGAAGAGUCUGAGAAAUCUAAUACUAACGCAAUUCAAAAUGACCAAGAGAGACAGGAGGAGGAAACCUGCAAGGCCAAAGAAAUGCCACCGGCCAACGCAGACAGGGGAACUGCCCCAAACAAGAAGCCCCGGUUAACCCCGACCGUAAAACCGACUCCCGUGAUCCCAUUGGGGAAACCAAAAUCUGGGCGAGUAUGGAAGGAGCGGAACAAGCUGAGGUUUUCGGCAGUUGUCAGAGAUAAGCCGCUGUGCAGUUCCUGGGAGAAGAAGAUGCAGGCUAAACGUGAGAAGGAGCUGGUCAAAGCUUAUUCUCAGCAACUGAAGGACGACAAAUCCAGACAGAAAGAGGAAAAGCGAAAGAGGAGAGAAGAGAACCUGAAACGACGAGCCGAGAAUGAACGCAAGUCUGAGAUCGUUCAAGUGAUUCGAAACACAACCAAAAUCAAGAGAAUGAAAAAGAAGCAGUUAAGAAAGAUUGAGAAGCGAGACACUCUAGCCCUGCUACAACGGACAAAGAACUCUAACCAGAAUACAAAAUCCAAGAAACAAAAGAGUAUUAAAGAAGCUCCUCCUGGUUCUGUUUUGACUUAA